CACUAAUCAAUUUUAUUUUUUUGGGUACAUUUUUAAUUGCCGGUUUCGUUUUGUGUGUUUCGGAAAUGAUUUCGAUUUCGUAAAAUAUGCGCGGACAAAAUGUUUUGACUUUUGCAAAGUUAACUUGAAGUGGAAUUUAGUGCUACAUUAGGUUUUGAAUCGGUUUGUGGCGGAGGACCUUUUGAUGCAUAUUUGUGUAUUCGUUACUGUUUCCGUUCGUACGGAAUUUCAUUUUGAUAUGUUUGGGUGAAGAUUAAUGUAUCUGCAAAUUGUGAUUUUGAACCGACUUAAACGCCAAUUAAGUUAUCCUUGCCGAUUUUCAGCUUAUUUAUAACUCAGUGGCAUGGAGCCUUUAAAGCAGAGGGGUGACCCGGGUUCAAAUUGUGGUUUUAAAUUAUUUUUUUUUCCGUAAAAAAUACUACUAAAGGAAACGAAAAAACUGCAUCACCCACAGAAACUACCAAAGCCGACACUGCUCUCGAUGAGCCAAAACUCGAGCUGGUUUGAUUCCAUCAAAAAACUGCAUUACCAGCAGAAAACCUAAAGCCGCAAUCUUGAAGUACAUCCGCAGCUGCGGCUGCUGCGUAGGCAUUGUGAUCCCAGCUGUCCCAUUAGUCCUAAAAGCUUGCGCUUCACUUUCCCUGCUUAAUUUCGGGAAAGUUGUGCAUUCUGAAAUCUUGAAGUUGGGAGUUGAAUGCAAUGUGAUGGUGGGGACCUCGUUGGUCGACAUGUAUGGAAAAUGUCGUGACAUAGCGAGUACGCGCCAACAGUUCGACGAAAUUCCUGAUAGAAAUUUAAUCUCUUGGAAUGCGAUGAUUGGAGGGUACAUGUGAAAUGGAUACGUGGAAGCUGCGUCGGCCUUAUUUGGGAUGAUGACGAAGAGGACGACGGUCACUUGGAACACCAUGAUCGCUGCGUAUGCCAGAAAUGGGGAUAUGGCUACGGCUAGGUUAGUUUUUGAUGCUGUGCCUGAGGGUUUGAAGACUGUGGUGACAUGGACUGUGAUGGUCAGCAUGUACGCUAGCAAUGGGAAUAUGGAGGCGGUGAGGGAGGUCUUCGAGAAUAUGGGAGCGAGGAAUUUCUACGUGUGGUUGGUUAUGAUCACAGGUUACUUCAACAGAGGUAAUGUGGUGAAAGCAAGAGAGCUUUUUGAUGGGAUGAGUUUGAGGAAUUUGGUGAUCUGGAAUUCGUUGAUUUCUGGAUAUGCACAUAAUGGGAUGUUUAGUGAAGUGAUGGGUGCUUUUACAAGGAUGCAAGAAGACGGUUUUGAACCGGAUGAGUUCACACUUGUUAGUGUUCUAUCAGCUUGUACUCUAGCAGGGAUGUUGGAUAUUGGCAGAGAGAUUCAUGAGAGGCUUCUUAACAGCAGGAUUGAGUUGAAUGAGUUCGUUGUUAACUCGUUGGUUGACUUGUGUGCAAAAUGUGGAGAUCUAGGAAACGCUAGGCUGGUGUUUGAGGGGAGGCAUUGGCAAAGAACUCUGCAACUUGGAGUAGUUUGAUAACUGGAUUCGCCGUUCAUCCGAUGCAGGGAGGCCAUCGAGCUCUUUACUAAAAUGGAGGAGUCGAACAUGAGACCCGAUGAGAUCACAUUCCUCUCUGUUCUAUCUGGGUGUGCUACAUGGAGGUUUAGUUGAAGAGGGAUUGGAGUCAUUCUCGAAGAUGGAGAGAUACAGAGUGAAACGCAGUGUGAAGCAU